UUUCAACAGGUCGUGCUGUCACUCGCAUAUCUCUUCGCUAUGGGGGGUAAAUCAGGCUUGUUAGUAAUAUGCAUUACAAUAGUCCUCAAAAAUCUGAGCGCGUCAACAGCAACUAAUGCACCUGUCGUCCAGACCAAAUUAGGAGCUCUUGAAGGUGAAUACAUGCUUGUGAAGGGGAGUGCGACACUUGUCCACAGUUAUCUGGGUGUGCCUUUUGCAAAGCCGCCUUUGGGUCCCUUGAGGUUGGCUCCACCGGAGCCGGUGGAGAGAUGGGAAGGAGUGAAGAAAGCCACAGAGCAACCUCCCAUGUGUAUGCAAGAUGUACAGCUGAUACGUACACUGAUGUCUAAUUUGUCUUUCACCAUGGAAGUUCCUGAUAUAUCAGAAGACUGCCUCUACCUUAACAUAUACACACCAUCUAAACCUGGUGAAGAUGCCAGACUACCUGUCAUGGUUUGGAUUCACGGUGGAGGACUGACCAUGGGUUCUGCUUCUAUUACUGACGGAUCUGUAUUGGCAUCUUACCAGAAUGUUGUUGUAGUGCUUAUCCAAUACAGAUUGGGUAUGCUGGGUUUCCUCAGCACAGGAGAUGAACAUGCCCCUGGUAACUAUGGUGUACUGGACCAGGUGGCCGCACUUCGCUGGGUCCAGGAACACAUCCACAACUUUGGAGGUGAUCCUAAUUCUGUCACCAUCUUUGGAGAAUCUGCUGGAGGAGUGAGUGUGUCCCUGCAGCUUCUCUCUCCAUUAUCAGCUGGCCUUUUCCAUCGUGCAAUAGCACAGAGUGGUGUUGCAUUAAUGGAUGGAGUUCUGAACCCCAACCCAUACCCUAUGGCUCAGCAUGUGGCCAACACAACAGGUUGUGACAUCAGCAGCACAAAGAAGGUUGUUGAAUGCAUAAAGCAGUGGUCAACGGAAGAUGUUGUGGCAUUUGUCAGCGAGCCCAGUAAUGCCAUGCUGACCUUUGGAAUCACAGUGGAUGGGAAGUUUCUGCCAAAACCUGUGAAAGAACUUAUGAAGAAUCAGGAGUUCCAAAAGAUGCCGCUAAUGACAGGCGUGACGAAUGAUGAGGCCGGCUGGUUAUUGCUCCGUCACUUUGCCCCUCCAGGAUGGGCUGAUGGAAUGGAUCGUGAUCAUGUCAGACCAGCCCUGGAGUUUUACCCUGAUGCAAGUGAAACCUGGAUCAAAGAACUGAUACUGGAUGAGUACAUUGGCACAUCUGGGGACAGGAUAAAAAUCCGAGAUGGUUUCAGAGAGUUAUUCGCAGACAUAAUGUUUAAUAUCCCUGCUCUCAAACUAGCAAAUCACCAUAGUGAAGCUGCACCAGUUUACUUUUAUGAGCUACAGCAUCCUCCCAGCAUAGUCCAGAAGACAAGGCCAAGUUUUGUGGGAGCUGACCAUGGAGAUGAUCUUCCUUUUGUUUUUGGUGCAUGCUUUGCAAAUGGACACAUCAAGAUCAUAGGCCAGUUCACAGAGGCUGAGGACCAGCUCUGUAGAAAUGUCAUGUCCUAUUGGGGUAACUUUGCUCGGACUGGGUCUCCAAAUGGGCCAGGAUUGACUCCAUGGCCUGAGUUUGGAGAUGAGGCUGAGUACCUGGGCAUCGGGUUGGAGCAGCGGCCUGGUAAAAACCUGAAGGGGAAGCGGUAUCUCUUCAUGACUAAAACUAUUCCAGAGAUGGUGCGUGUACGCAAGGGGAGGGAACACACUGAGCUUUAGAAUGAAGAUUUGACUUUAAUUGAUGAGCUAAUCAGACUGAUGCCUCAUUUGGAGGUAAAAGGGAAGCAAUAAAUUCAUCUAUUGAUUAAACGUCUCUAAUGAA